AUGGAUGCCUUUUUGAAUCGACCAAAAAAACAGAAUAACGCUUCGCCAUUAUUAAUGGAAAUUCCCUGGGUUGAAAAAUAUCGUCCACGGAAAGUUGAGGAAGUGGCUUUUCAAAAUGAGGUUGUAUCGGUGCUGAAAAAAGUACUUGAAGGAGCCGAUUUACCAAAUUUACUAUUUUACGGGCCACCAGGAACAGGUAAAACAUCGGCAGCUAUUGCAUUAUGCCGACAAUUAUUCCGUAAUAAUGACACAUAUCGUGACAGAGUUUUGGAAAUGAAUGCAUCCGAUGAACGAGGCAUUAACAUCGUCCGCAGCAAAAUAAAGGAAUUUGCUCGACGAGCUGUUUCAUCACACUUACCGGACGGAAGUCCUGUUGUGGGAUUAAAGGUGGUUAUCCUGGAUGAAGCAGAUGCAAUGACUACUCCUGCUCAAGCAGCUUUAAGACGAACGAUGGAAAAAGAAUCACGCACUACUCGUUUUUUCUUGAUCUGUAAUUAUAUCACACGAAUAAUAGAUCCGCUAACUUCCCGCUGUGCCAAAUUUCGUUUCAAGUCAAUUUCAUCGGAAAGUCAGAGGGAAAGACUUGAAUGGAUUUGCCAGAAUGAGAAUAUUGAGUUUGAUCCACUAGCGAUCAGUGAAUUAAUCGACUUAUGUGAUGGUGAUAUGCGAAAGAGUGUCACCGCAUUGCAGACAAUAUCAUCAUGUCAUAAAAAAUUAGUUCCCACUGAUGUACAACAGUUUCUUGGGGCUGUACCGAAUGAUGUGGUGGAGCAAUUUCAAGCUGCAUGCAGAUCUUCUGAUCAUAAUCAGUUGUAUGAAUGUGUAGAAAGUAUCAGACGAGAAGGUUAUGGAGAGUGUGAAAUGCGUAUUCUGGAUGGUGCAAAUGAGUUUCUACAACUGCUGGAUUUUGGGACGGUUGUAAUGGAGCAGUUCAAAACUUCACUUUAA